GAUGAUUUCCUAGGUCAAGUGGAUGUUCCUCUUUAUCCAUUACCGACAGAAAAUCCAAGAAUGGAGAGACCAUAUACAUUUAAGGAUUUUGUUCUUCACCCAAGAAGUAACAGAUCAAGAGUUAAAGGUUAUCUGAGAUUAAAAAUGACUUAUUUACCUAAAACCAGUGGCUCUGAAGAAGAUAACACAGAACAGGCUGAGGAAUUAGAGCCUGGCUGGGUUGUUUUGGACCAACCAGAUGCUGCUUGCCAUUUGCAACAGCAACAGGAACCUUCUCCUCUACCUCCAGGAUGGGAGGAGAGGCAGGAUAUCCUUGGAAGGACCUAUUAUGUAAACCACGAAUCUAGAAGAACACAGUGGAAAAGACCAACCCCUCAGGACAGCCUAACAGAUGUUGAGAAUGGUGACAUUCAACUGCAAGCACAGCGUGCCUUCACUACCAGGCGGCAGAUAUCCGAGGAAACAGAAAGUGUUGACAACCGAGAGUCUUCCGAGAACUGGGAAAUUAUAAGAGAAGAUGAAACCACCAUGUAUAGCAGUCAGGCCUUCCCGUCACCUCCACCAUCAGCUAACUUGGAUGUUCCGACACAUCUUGCAGAAGAAUUGAACGCCAGACUCACGACUUGUGGAAAUUCAGCAACCAGCCAGCCAGCAUCCAGCUCAAAUCAUUCCAGCAGAAGAGGCAGCUUACAAGCCUAUACUUUUGAGGAACAGCCUACACUUCCUGUGCUUUUGCCUACUUCAUCUGGAUUACCACCAGGUUGGGAAGAGAAGCAAGAUGAAAGAGGAAGAUCGUAUUAUGUAGAUCACAAUUCCAGAACUACUACCUGGACAAAGCCCACUGUUCAGGCCACAAUGGAGACCAGUCAGCUGCCAUCAAGCCACAGUUCUUCCAUGGGCCCUCAACCACAGAGCUCUGCGAGUGAUUCAGCACAGCAGAUGACCCAGCCAUCUGAAAUUGAGCAAGGAUUCCUCCCGAAAGGCUGGGAGGUCCGGCAUGCACCCAACGGGAGGCCUUUCUUUAUUGACCACAACACCAAAACUACCACCUGGGAAGAUCCAAGAUUGAAAAUUCCAGCUCAUCUGAGAGGAAAGACAUCACUUGAUUCUUCUAAUGAUCUAGGACCUCUACCUCCAGGAUGGGAAGAGAGGACUCACACAGAUGGAAGAAUCUUCUACAUAAAUCACAAUAUAAAAAGAACACAAUGGGAAGAUCCUCGCUUGCAGAAUGUAGCAAUAACUGGACCAGCUGUGCCCUACUCCAGGGAUUACAAACGAAAGUAUGAGUUCUUCCGAAGAAAGAUGAAGAAGCAGAAUGACAUUCCAAACAAAUUUGAAAUGAAACUUCGCCGUGCAACUGUUCUUGAGGAUUCUUACAGAAGAAUUAUGGCUGUCAAGAGAGCAGAUUUCCUCAAGGCUAGACUGUGGAUUGAGUUUGAUGGUGAAAAGGGAUUAGAUUACGGAGGAGUUGCCAGAGAAUGGUUCUUCCUAAUCUCAAAGGAAAUGUUUAACCCUUAUUAUGGAUUGUUUGAAUAUUCUGCUACGGAUAAUUACACCCUACAGAUAAAUCCAAAUUCUGGAUUGUGUAAUGAAGAUCACCUCUCUUACUUCAAGUUUAUAGGCCGGGUAGCUGGAAUGGCAGUUUAUCAUGGCAAACUGUUGGAUGGUUUUUUCAUCCGCCCGUUUUACAAGAUGAUGCUACACAAACCAAUAACACUUCAUGAUAUGGAAUCAGUGGAUGGUGAAUAUUACAAUUCACUGAGAUGGAUUCUUGAAAAUGAUCCAACAGAAUUGGACCUCAGGUUUAUCAUAGAUGAAGAACUUUUUGGACAGACACAUCAACAUGAAUUGAAAAAUGGUGGAUCAGAAAUAGUUGUUACCAACAAGAACAAAAAGGAAUAUAUUUAUCUUGUAAUACAAUGGCGCUUUGUAAACCGAGUCCAGAAGCAAAUGGCUGCUUUUAAAGAGCUUCUUAUGUGUGGAUUGGGAGAUGUGGAUGUGAACGACUGGAAAGAACACACAAAGUAUAAAAAUGGCUAUAAUGUAAAUCAUCAAGUCAUACAGUGGUUUUGGAAGGCUGUUUUAAUGAUGGAUUCAGAAAAAAGAAUAAGAUUACUUCAGUUUGUCACUGGCACAUCCCGGGUGCCUAUGAAUGGAUUUGCUGAACUAUAUGGUUCGAAUGGACCACAGUCUUUUACGGUUGAACAGUGGGGUACCCCAGAAAAGCUGCCAAGAGCUCAUACCUGCUUUAAUCGCUUGGACUUGCCACCGUAUGAAUCAUUUGAAGAAUUAUGGGAUAAACUUCAGAUGGCAAUUGAAAACACUCAGGGUUUUGACGGGGUUGAUUAGAUUACAAUGAAUAAUCUGUAGUGUUUUAUUGCCACAAUUUUAUAAACAAAAAUCUUGACUUAAAAUUUUCCCAGGAACUAUUAAAACUUGGCCAUUGACUCUUCCCAGAUAUUUUAGAAAAUCAUAUAAAAGCAUUAGAAGGAGUCAUAUGACAACUUUACCAUUAUUUCAAUCACUUUUGCGUUGCAUUUACAUGGUUGUUUCAUUCUAUCUUUAGAGUUCAUACUAUAGGAUGUAAGUCCUGUGUGCCUGAAAUAGCAAGUUUUGUUCUCAACACUUACCUCUUUUACAGUGUCUGCCAGGCAGUUCUUUCUUAAACUACUGAAAUUAUAACUGUGAAGUAUUUGUGAGAAGUGUUAUGUGUGAAAAGUUAGAUGCUUUUUAAGAAGGAAAACUGAAAUUUGGGGGAAAAAAUACAUUAAUUUUGAGUAAACUACGGUAAAUGUAGUGCUGCUUGCAGCUAUUUAUUAUUAUGUGGUCCUGCCUAAUGCACCUUACUGCCCAGAAAGUCUGUUGCCUAUAUUUUUAGUCAACUGACUCACUUGCAGAAAAUGUUUACUUCAUUUUAAGAAUAUUAGCCUUUUGUUACUAUGUGGUUUUAGGUGGUUCAUACAACAUGUGAAGCAAGUUCAAAUUUGCAAUGAGUGAAAAGUAUUAAAGCCUUCCUCUUGCCUGUAUAUCCUUAUGGUUCAUUGGCAUAGACAUCACUUUUUCAUGUUUUAGUAUAGUUAGAAGAA